AUGGGCCACCUUGUAACCCUAGCAACAUGCUCCCUCAACCAAUGGGCACUGGACUUUGAGGGUAACACGGAACGAAUCAUCGAGAGUAUUCGCAAGGCCAAGGCCGCGGGUGCUACUCUUCGAGUCGGCCCCGAACUCGAAAUCACCGGCUAUGGCGUUCUGGAUGGUUUUCACGAGGGAGACACCUUCCUUCACUCGUGGGAGAUGCUUGCCCGUAUCAUUGAUCACCCCGACUGUCAGGAUAUUGUGGUUGAUGUGGGUAUGCCUGUGCGUCACAGGAAUGUCUCGUAUAAUUGCAGGGUCAUCUUCUACAACCGCAAGAUCAGCUUGAUCCGCCCAAAGAUGUGGCUUGCCAACGAUGGUAACUACAGAGAGCUUCGUCACUUCACGCCCUGGCAACGACCCCAGGAGGUCGAGGACUACUACCUUGAGCAGAUCGUCGGGAAGAUCACUGGACAGUAUAAGGUUCCUUUCGGUGAUGCGGUUAUAAGCACUCGGGAUACUUGUUUUGGCGUGGAGACUUGCGAGGAACUCUUCACUCCUAAUGGUCCUCAUAUUCCUUACGGUCUUGCUGGCGUGGAAAUUAUCUCCAACUCAUCAGGAAGCCAUCACGAGCUCAGAAAGCUGGACACUCGGAUCAACCUCAUCACCCAAGCGACGAAAUUGAGCGGCGGCAUUUACCUGUACGCGAACCAGCAGGGCUGCGAUGGUGAUCGGCUUUACUACGAUGGUUGUGCGAUGAUUGUGGUCAAUGGAAACAUCGUUGCUCAGGGCUCCCAGUUCUCCCUGAACGAUGUGGAAGUUGUCACGGCCACCGUCGAUAUCGAAGAAGUACGGACAUACCGUGGGAGUUCCAGCCGCAAUAUGCAAGCCAGCAAACAGUCCCCGUAUGUUCGCCUUGACUUGGACACAAGACUUUCUCGUCGGGAUGAUGAGGCCGAGCCUAGCCUUGCUCCCUCUGAAACCCUCACCGCGCGGAUUCAUGCCCCAGAGGAAGAAGUUGCCCUUGGACCGGCUUGUUGGCUGUGGGACUACCUGCGAAGAAGCGGUGCGGCAGGUUUCUUCCUUCCUCUGAGUGGCGGUAUCGAUAGCUGUGCCACAGCUACUAUUGUGCACUCUAUGUGCCGAGAGGUCAUCAAAGCCGUGUCAGAAGGGAAUGAGCAGGUCAUUAAAGAUGUCCGACGACUCUGUGCCGAGCCGCCCGAUUCGACCUGGCUUCCUACCACCAGCCAAGAAGUGUGCAACCGCAUAUUCCACACCAGCUUCAUGGGCACACAAAACUCCAGCAAGGAGACGCGAGACCGAGCCAAAAGUCUGGCUUCGGACAUCGGGUCCUACCAUGUCGACUUCAAUUUCGACACCGUCGUGACUGCCCUGACGAACCUUUUCACCGUUGUCACCAACUUCCAGCCUAAAUUCAAGGUCCACGGCGGUAGUCGGGCAGAGAACCAGGCUUUGCAGAACGUCCAGGCGCGUUUGAGAAUGGUUCUCUCGUAUCUGUUCGCUUCUUUGCUGCCGACCGUCCGUCAACGUCCGGGUGGAGGUGGACUACUCGUGCUGGCCUCGUCUAAUGUUGAUGGUAUGUUCCUCUAUCUUUCUCUGCGAGGCUACCUGACAAAAUACGACGCCAGUAGUGCUGAUCUAAACCCAAUCGGCUCGAUCUCCAAAGUCGACCUCAAAAAAUUCAUCGCCUGGUCGCGCGACUCCUUCGACCUCCCCAUCCUCCACGACUUCCUCUCCGCCACACCGACCGCCGAACUCGAGCCCAUCACAGCCACAUACGUGCAAUCCGACGAAGCCGACAUGGGGGUCACCUACGCCGAACUAUCUAUCUUCGGGCGUCUGCGCAAGAUCCAGAAACUGGGUCCUUGGUCGAUGUACGAACGGCUCCUGCAUCUCUGGGGCAACGAGUAUAGUCCGCGCGAGAUCUACGAGAAAACGCGCCACUUCUUCUAUAAUUAUGCGAUUAAUCGGCAUAAGCAGACGGUUAUUACCCCGAGUUAUCAUGCGGAGCAGUAUUCGCCGGAUGAUAAUCGGCAUGAUUUGAGGCAGUUUCUUUAUCCUUCAUUCUCCUGGGCCUACAAGAAGAUGGAAGCUAGUGUGAAGUACUGGGAAUCGAAGGGAUGGACGACUGGGAAGGCUCAGAAGAAGAGCGUCAAGGCUGAUUAA